AUGACGACAAGACCACCGCCUCCUGCCUCGUCGUAUUCACUUUUUCUCCUCCCUCUCCUGUUCGUUGACGUUGCAUCGCAUCCGGUGGGAGUUUCCCACCCUAGCCGCCGCUGUUGGAGCCCUAUGACAACCAAGGAUCGGCGCCGCCGUCCCGCUGUUACAUUGCUGCUGUUACUUCGCCACCCAAACACCACAGUCACUGCCUGUGACGUCGUGGGCGGCCGAGGAGGGAAACUGUCGAAGAUCGGGGAUGGUUCGGGAAUCUGUCAUCUAGCAGCUGGGGUUGAGUUUGCGGGACUUCAGCAGAGUGAGAUUGUGUCUACGGGACUCCAGCAGUGUGAGGUACUCGUUGUCAAAGGAAAGGAGCCGGCUUGAUCGCAGCGCAUCACACUAUGUUUUUUGCACAUGAGAUCUUUGGGAUUACACUCUGCUAUGGUUUUAUGAUAAUAUGUUUUGAUUAUUGACACUUUGGUUUGACAUGAGAUAUUAAUAUGAAUGUUUUUAUACUGAUGGUUUUAUAUAAUAACUUAAUUAAAACGAAAUUUUUGCCUUGAAUUUUGGGAUAUUACAAUUGGUGUUUGGGAACAUCCUUCACCACUUUCAUUAGGAUUAAGUCUUGGUCUUUUGGUAAAAAAACCACUUACUUUAACCUAUAUAAACAUGACAAUUUAACCUAAUCAAAAAAUAACUUCAAUAAAACAUAGAAUUUUCACC